ACCGCGCCCAAUCGUCCAAUGCAUGACGCUUUUAACCAAGAGUUGCAUCGAGAAAAACUGUAUGAUUUCAACGCUUUGAAAGAAUUAAUUCAAACAAAUCUUCCACUGUUAAAUGAACAACAGAAGUAUGUAUUUGAAACUCUUAUGAAAGUAACAAAUGAUGAAACUGGAGGGAUUUACUUCUUAGAUGCACCUGGUGGUACAGGAAAAACUUUUUUGAUUUCAUUAAUAUUAGCAACAAUUCGCUCACAAAAUAAAAUUGCACUUGCACUCGCUUCGUCGGGAAUCGCAGCAACUUUGCUUGAAGGUGGUCGAACAGCCCAUUCAGCACUAAAAUUGCCAUUAAAUAUGCAAAGCAAUGAAACUCCAACCUGCAACGUUUCGAAGAACUCUGCAAUGGCAAAGGUUUUGCAGCAAUGUAAAUUGAUUGUUUGGGAUGAAUGCACGAUGGCACAUAAAAAAUCUUUGGAGGCUUUAGACAGAACCUUAAAAGAUCUACGGAGCAAUAAUAACCGAUUUGGUGGUGCAAUGAUUUUAUUAGCAGGAGAUUUUCGUCAAACAUUGCCAGUGAUUCCACGAUCAACGCCAGCUGAUGAACUCAAUGCAUGUCUAAAGUCCUCCAAUUUGUGGAAACAUGUCAAAGUACUUCAUUUAAGCAAGAAUAUGCGUGUCGAGUUGCAAAAUGACCAAUCUGGAAACAUAUUCUCUAAACAACUCAUUGACAUUGGUAAUGGCAAAUUUCCUAUAGACAUGUUGACUGGCUGCAUUAACUUUCCUCAAAGUUUUUGUCAGUUAACUCGAUCAAAAGAUGAACUUAUUCAGAAGGUGUUUCCAGAUGUUUCUCAAAAUUACAGAAACCAUGAUUGGUUGAGCGAACGAGCUAUACUGGCUGCAAAAAACAUAGAUGUAAAUGAAUUAAAUUUCAAAAUUCAAGAACAAAUUACAGGCGAAUUGAGGAUAUAUAAAUCAGUUGAUUCGGCUACUAAUCAAGAUGACGUAGUCAACUAUCCACCGGAAUUUUUAAACUCGCUGGAUUUGCCAGGAUUGCCACCUCACAAUCUUCAAUUAAAGGUUGGAUCGGUGGUUAUAAUGUUGCGAAAUAUCAACCAACCGCGUCUUUGCAACGGUACACGGUUAGCGAUAAAAAAUUUACUAAACAAUGUGAUAGAAGCAACUAUACUCAAAGGAAAGUAUAAAGGAGAGGAUGUUCUCAUACCGCGCAUCCCAAUGAUUCCGACUGAUGUGCCAUUUGAGUUUAAACGACUACAGUUUCCAGUGCGGCUUGCUUUUGCUAUGACUAUAAACAAGUCCCAGGGGCAAUCAUUAAGUGUUUGUGGUAUUUAUCUAGAAAACCCAUGUUUCUCACAUGGUCAAUUGUAUGUUGCCUGUUCCCGUGUUGGAAAACCAUCAGAUUUGUUUAUCUAUGCGCCAGGUAAUCAAACAAAAAACAUCGUAUACCACAAAGCACUACAAUGAUAAUAAUAAUAAUUAUGAUUCACAUGAUUAACAAUAAAGCGAUUACUUA